AUGAAUGAUUUUGUAAAAGAGCAUCUCAAUAUGAAAGUUCAAAAAUUAUUACAAGAUGGUGUAUGGAUGAUCCCUGAAGAAUUGAGACCAACUUUGGAAAAUAGAAAUUUACCAGUUGUAAGUGGUGGGAAUGAUAAACUUUUCUGGAUUGAAGAUGUGAAGGGUGUACUCAAUACUUCUUCUGUAGUAAAUAGAAUAAGAGAGAAAGAACCAAAGUUACACUGGCCUACUAAAAUAAGGAAACCAUUUAUGCAUCCUUCCAUUUCUAGCAAUGUCUGGAAAAUAAUUCAAGGAAUAUAUGUGGAUGAUGUUAAAAGAGUACAUCAAGGAUUUCAAAUGGUAUCCAAAUGCUGCAUAUGUAAAUAUUAUCAAGACUCAAUGUCCCAUCUAUUAUGGUCCUGCAGUUUCAGUGUGAAAAUAUGGUCAUGGCUGGGAAGCAUUUUUGGUUUUUCUAAUCCCUUAUCUUUUGAUGAUAUCUGGAAUAGUUCUAAGCAGAAGAGUUCUCUGAUCAAAGAGAUUUGGCUGACUGCAGCAUGUUCUACAGUAAGAGAAUUGUGGUUUCAGAAAAACAUGUACCUCUUUGAUAACAUAUCUCCCUGUGAAAAGAAAUUUAAAUGCAGAGUAUGGCAAUUAGUUCAUGAGGGUUGGCUUAGAAUGAAGGGAACAAGAUGGGAACUGGAUUAUGAUUUACAGAUUAUUGAGUUCUUCAAAUUAGGACCUAGAUGCAUUAAAUACAGAGAAAUUAGAGAAUGCUCUUGGAAUCCCCCUAGUGAAGGUGAUAUUCUAUUUUGUUGUGAUGGAAUCUCUUUGGGUAAUCCAGGAAAUGCUGGUUUUGGUAUUAUAGCCAGAGAUUACAUAUGUCAGGUGGUGGGUACUUUAUCAGGAUGGAUUGGAGUUGCUAAUAAUUAUAUUACUAAAAUUAUGGUUGUGGUAUGUGCAAUUGAAUGGGCAGUAUCUUUGGAAUGCAACCGCAUCAUAAUCUAUUCAGAAUCAAAAACUGUUAUAAGUGAUUUCAAGAAUAAUAAGGUGCCAUGGUUCAUUUUUAACAGAUGGGCUAAAGCUUGUAAUGGUUUAACUGAAAUCCAAUAUCAUCACAGGUACAAGGAAGUCAACUUUUCUGCAAAUAGUCUAGCCAAAGAUGGAGCAUUGUUGAGAGCAGAAGAAAGAAUUUCACAUAUAGGAAGACCACAAUCUGUACACCGCAUUGAAAUGCCUGGUGUAAAAUACUAUAGAUGCUGCUGA